AGAUUUCCACGUUUAAAGCUGAGGCAAAAAGAGCCAGAGAAUACCCCCUAAGUCCAGCUUUGGUUUUAGUUCAAAAUGGUGUUGAUUGAACAAGAACCACGACCGUCGUCCGUUUCAACUACCAAAGAUCGCGGCACCGCCGCCACCGCCGAUGCCUCUGACGGAUUCGAAACUGCUAGCGAACGUGAUGUUGGUGACAACGAAACGAACGACGCUCAAGGUCGUCUAAAGGACCAGGCAUUGAAACAGCGGAAAGCGGUGACUGAGGCAAAUGAGACGAAAUUAGAAGGGAACAAGCUUUUCGGAGAAGCCAAGUAUGAAGAGGCGUUAUUGCAAUACGAAUUCGCUUUAAAUGCGGCUGAAUCGGCACCAGUGCCUGAAGAGUUGAAUGAAUUGCGUUCAAUUUGCCACUCAAAUCGUGCCGUUUGUUUUUUGAAACUUGAAAAAUAUGAGAACACUAUUAAGGAGUGCACGAAGGCAUUGGAGCUAAAUCCUACAUACAUGAAAGCUCUUGCAAGAAGAGCAGAGACUCAUGAAAAGCUUGAACACUUUGAAGAGGCCAUUACUGAUUUGAAAAAGAUCUUGGAACUGGAUCCAGCCAACAACCAAGCCAGGAAAACCAUUAUCCGCUUAGAGCCACUGGCGGCAGAAAAACGAGAAAAGAUGAAGGAGGAGAUGAUUGGAAAACUGAAGGAAAUGGGCAACUCUAUCCUUGGCCGAUUUGGAAUGAGCACAGACAACUUUAAGGCCGUUCAAGAUCCAAAAACUGGUUCCUAUUCUAUACAAUUCCAACGUUAGCUGGUUUGGUUCCGAAUAUAACUUUAUUGGAGAAUAAGAGUGAGAAGAAUGCUACCAUUCUACAGAAUGGUAAGAGAUACCAUCUUGGACCUUUUCGUACAGGAUUGGAUGAUCACGAGGUGUUAAACAAUCUCCAUUCAUCUUAAAGAUUCUAACUGUUUUUUUGCUCUUUUUUUAAAACCUUUUUUCCCGAACUUAUGUUGUAAAUCGAAGAUCUAUAUAAUUCAUGUUUGUGUUCCAUUCUUAUAUAUAUACAACUUUAUUUGACAA